CUGUGACUUCGUCCGCCAUAUUAUUUUGAUAGGAGGACGGGGGAGGCUCACUUCGCAAAAUGAGUUUCUUUGGAUUCGGCCAAGGUGCCGAGGUUGACAUAGUUCUUGAUGGUCAAGACUCACGUAAAACAGCUGAGAUCAAAACCGAGGAUGGGAAGAAAGAGUGGUAUUACUUAUACUUUGAUGGAGAGACAGUAUCAGGAAAGGUGAAUGUGACACUGAAGAAGUCAGGUAGCAAGCUGGAGCACCAAGGGAUUAAGAUAGAAUUUAUUGGUCAGAUAGAGUUGUACUAUGACCGCGGAAACCACCAUGAGUUCACAUCACUGGUCAAGGAACUGGCCAGGCCGGGCGAGCUUACACACAAUUCCAGCUAUAACUUCGAAUUUCAACAAGUGGAAAAACCAUACGAGUCAUACACAGGGGCAAAUGUUAGGCUAAGGUAUUUUUUGCGUGUGACAAUUGUGAAGCGGUUAACGGACAUUGUGAAAGAACAGGACAUUGUGGUCCACACUUUGUCUCAGUACCCGGACAUGAACAACAGCAUAAAGAUGGAAGUGGGCAUUGAAGACUGUCUUCAUAUAGAGUUUGAAUACAACAAGUCCAAGUAUCAUUUAAAAGAUGUCAUAGUUGGCAAGAUUUACUUCCUGCUUGUGCGGAUAAAGAUCAAACACAUGGAGAUUCAGAUAAUAAAACGAGAGACUACAGGCACAGGUCCCAACACAUUCAACGAGAAUGAAACCAUAGCAAAAUAUGAAAUUAUGGAUGGUGCGCCAGUUCGAGGGGAGUCAAUACCCAUCCGACUGUUCCUCAGUGGGUAUGAGCUGACACCAACUAUGAGAGAUAUAAACAAGAAGUUUUCUGUUCGCUACUAUCUCAACUUGGUGCUAGUUGACGAGGAAGAGAGACGGUAUUUCAAACAGCAGGAGAUCACAAUAUUCCGACGGGCAGACAAAGUGAAGCGGUCAUACCAGGCGUCCAUGCAUCAUCACCAGCCCAACUUACAACGUGACAACCCCAAGUUGAAACCCAGCCCUGUGGAAGAGAACAGUACGCCAGAGAAGGAUGGAGAAGAUGAUGACGAAGGGGAAGAUUCUUAACGAUUAUAUCGCUAAGUGGAAGAUGAAAGAA